AUGGCCACAAAGCGCAAUCCCUAUGGCCACAAAGCGCAAUCCCUAUGGCCACAAAGCGCAAGAGUGCUUGACCAACAGGGCCUCUUGGACGAAGCCAUGGCAGCCUACAUCCCGAUCAAGUACAAGUGCGGCUUGCUUCCUGAUGGGAGGUUGUUGACCAAGUCCGAUUUGGGUGGGAUGAUUCAGAAACUGUUGUUGCUUUUCCACCGGGCCAAAAUUCUCAAGAUUCUUUACAAUCGUCUCCCUGGCCGACAAACCAAAGUCCACACUCAAAAGGAGGUGACCGACAUUGUCAAGCACGAGACGGGCGUCACAGUCACCUGCGCCGAUGGGACCACGCACCAAGGGUCUAUCGUCCUCGACACGGAUGGCGCUUACAGUGUCGUUCGGAGACUGAUGGACAACAAACCCGGAUAUGACAUGAAGAGGGAGAAGGACACGGAUGUCAAGCUCAGGAAGAACCCACCGUCAACAGCAGCAACACCAUUGAAUCCCCUUGAUUCCCCGACUUACAAGACUUUAAGUAGAGAUAUCAACAACAACAACAACAACAACAACAACAACAACAACAACAACAACAACAACCAUGCCCAACCCCAAUUCCUUCCCCAAGGUCUAAAAGCCACUUACAAAGCCAUCCAAGGCCACGUCGUCCUCUCUCCCGGCACCGACCACUCAUUUCCCCUCGCUACCCCCCCGAAACCAUCUACGAAACCCACGGCCAGAACUUCACCCUCCAACUAA